GCUAAGCGGAGCAUCUGGUCGUCAUCCCUGCCUUUGGUGUGAAGUGACCAGUCAACUCCGUUGGGUGCAAGAGGACAUGCAGCAAAACGAUCAAAGCACACAUUAACUCGUGAUCACCGUCGAUUCUUGAAUGAAGGAAAGGGGAUGAUAAAAGAUGCCAAAAACUACAACAAUGUCAUCAAUGAAAAACUAAUUGGUAUUCGUUUAAACCAGGUGUGUGUCCCCUACCUCCACAUUCUGCUGGGUGUUGUUAAGAAGCACCAUGAAAUGCUAGAAGAGGAAUGCCACACCCUCGAUCUGCUAAUUGCAGAAGACCAGGCCAGGCAUGGUGGUCUUACCAAUGAGGAAGGCCUUUAUGCCACCUAUGUUGAGAGUGUAAGGCGCUUACAGAAAUUAGAAAGCAGAAUCAGCCGGAAGAAAGCUGUUCUUGAACAGUAUGAUGAGAAUACCACAAUAGGACAGCUUGCUCAGCAAACUGGAGACAAAAGAUCAUUAGAAAAAAGAAUAGAAAAGCUUGAAAAAGAAAAGACAGACUUGCAAAAAACUGCUGUGUUACAUAAAGGAACAGGGAAGGUGGCAUCAGAGCUGGAUGUCGUGCUGAACCGACACAAUAUCUGCAGACAAGCCUAUCAUGGGAAAAGCUUGAUUGGAAAUCACUGCGCACAUUACCUCAAGCCUGUAGUCUUUGAAGAUCUAGGAACAAGUCUUAUGGAAAAAACAGCAGAACUAAGUGGUGACGCUGACAUUAACCAAAAGGCUGAAGUUAUUGCUGAAAAAUUCAACACCCUGAAUUCCUUGCUUUCUGAAGUUCAUGAGAAGGUUGGCCACGCCAAGCCAGUCCCUGAAGACGAGAUACAGAUGAUCGAAGUGUGCAUUCAGAAAUAUCUGAAUUUCUACCGAAGACGACUCAAAGGAAGAAUCUUCCCAAAGCUUCAUUUUCUUGAAGACCAUGUUGUUGCAUGGAUAAAGUUAUGGGGCUUUGGUAUGGGUCUGAUGGGGGAACAAGGCGGCGAGUCAAUCCAUGCAGAAAUUAACAGAAUUCAGAGGAUUAACUGUGCAGUUUCGAACAAACUUCAAAAGUAUGCUUCUAUCCUAAAAGAGCACCAUACUCACAACCAUCCAGAACUGAAGAAGAAGGGAGCCGAGGUGUGCGGAUCGAAUCAGAAAAAGGGAACAGGAAAGCUUAAGAAGACAGACAAUUUGGAUGACUAG